UGCCCGCGCCGCCAGCAGCCCGAGCCGCAGCAGCAGCAGCGCGAGCCGGAGCCGCGGCGGCAGCAGCAGCAGCAGCAGCAGCAGCGCCCUUGCUGAAGGCGGCGGCGGCGGCCCAUGCCCCCGGGGGGAAGGGGGGCUGCAGCAGCCCGGCGAGCCGCCCACCAGCGCAGCGGGGGCAUCGCCCCCACUCGCCGUUCCUGGGAGGGCGGAAAGGAGGCAGCGGCGGCGGCUCCUGCAUUGUGCGCGCGGCGGCUCGCAGGCCCGGCCGGGAGGAGCCGGACUCGCCUUCCCCCAGCCCAGCCCCAUGAACCAGCCGGACGGCCCCGCUCCGCCGGCGGCAGCGGCAGCGCAGGGAGACGGGAGCAGCAGUACUGGGAGGAGAAGCUCUUCAAGCAGGGAGCGCUUGAAGAGAAGUCCAAAGAGCCCGAAAGCAGAGGGCUCUGAUUCUGUGACCUCCCAGUCUUCUCCCAGUGAAGAGACUGGAAUGAUGACUGAGGUGAAAGUGAAAACAGAGGUACCAGAUGACUAUAUUGAAGAGGUGAUCUGGCAGGAUGACACCAAAGAUUCCAAGAAGAACAUAAAGGAUGGGCCAGGAGAUGUGCCAGCAGAAAUCUGUGUAGUGAUUGGUGGGGUCCGCAACCAGCAGACACUCGAUGGAAAAGCAGUGGAACGUGGCUCUCCUGUUGGAUAUACACGAAACCGAUAUUCAGGCACCUGGAUUUUUGACCAUGCAUUGAGAUACACGUCCGGGUCUUAUGAAUGUGGAAUAUGUGGGAAGAAAUACAAGUAUUACAACUGUUUCCAGACCCAUGUGCGAGCGCAUAGAGACACUGAAGCUGCCUCAGGUGAAGGAGCCUCACAAGGCAACAAUUUCAGGUACACCUGUGACAUUUGUGGGAAAAAAUAUAAAUAUUACAGCUGUUUCCAAGAGCACAGAGACCUGCAUGCCGUGGAUGUUUUUAGUGUGGAAGGGGCCCCAGAAAACCGGGCAGACCCCUAUGACCAGGCAGUCAUAGCACCUGAUGAAGUGAAAGAAGAGGAGCCGGAACCAUUUCAGAAGAUUGGUCCAAAAACUGGCAAUUAUACAUGUGAAUUUUGUGGCAAGCAGUACAAAUAUUACACUCCCUACCAGGAACAUGUGGCACUGCAUGCACCUAUUAAGUUCUCUCGAUCUCCACUCUUCGUGGCAGUGAAGACACAGGCGAGCCAAUCCGGCAAAAAAACACCGGCUUCAAUAAUCCGAUGUUCCACCCUCCUGCACCGCACCCCCUCCGGUGUCCCACCGGCAUCCCCAUCCCAGAUGUUCCGCGCUCCAAAUUCUGGAUCCCCAGGAAGCAAGGCCACCACAGCAGAAAGCGCUUUCAGCAGGAGAGUGGAAGGCAAAGUGCAAAACAACUUUGAAGAAACAAACAGCAGCUCCCAAAACUCUAGCGCAAUUCAUUCUGGGACAGAAAAACCAAAAGAAAAGAGAUGUAAGCAGAACCCAUCAGAAACCGCAAGUCCCCUGAUUUCAAAUCCUUUCCCGCUUUUACAAAAACCUUACACCUGUGGAGCUUGUGGAAUCCAGUUCCAGUUUUAUAACAAUCUCCUGGAACACAUGCAGUCCCAUGCAGCUGACAAUGAGAACAACAUUGCCUCUAACCAACCCAGAUCACCUCCGACUGUUGUGGAAGAAAAGUGGAAACCACAGCUCCAAAGAAACAAUGCCAAUAAUACAUCUGCAAGUGGUUCAGUAGGAAACAGCGCAAUUCCGGAGAAGGAGCGGCAGAACAUUGCUGAGAGGUUGCUGCGGGUGAUGUGCACCGAUCUGGGAGCUCUGAGUGUGGUGAGCGGAAAGGAAUUCAUCAAGUUGGCACAGACCCUGGUGGAUAGUGGCGCUCGCUAUGGUGCCUUUUCUGUCACUGAAAUCUUAGGUAACUUCAACACUUUGGCUCUGAAGCACUUGCCUCGGAUGUACAACCAAGUGAAAGUGAAAGUGACCUGUGCCCUGGGCAGCAAUGCCUGCCUGGGCAUAGGGGUCACAUGCCACUCUCAAAGCGUUGGCCCAGAUUCCUGCUACAUUUUGACAGCUUACCAGGCAGAAGGCAACCACAUCAAGAGUUAUGUCCUGGGAAUUAAGGGUGUGGACAUCCGAGAAAAUGGUGAUUUUAUCCACCACUGGGUGCAGAAUGUGCUCUCAGAGUUUGUGAUGUCAGAAAUCAGGACAGUGUAUGUCACAGACUGCAAGGUCAACUCAUCUGCUUUCUCCAAGGCAGGCAUGUGCUUGCGUUGCUCAGCCUGUGCCUUGAACUCAGUAGUGCAAAGUGUGCUGAACAAGCGAACACUACAAGCUCGCAAUAUGCAUGAAGUCAUCGAGCUCCUGAAUGUCUGUGAAGAUUUGGCAGGGUCCACAGGCCUCUCAAAGGAGACCUUUGGCUCUCUGGAGGAGACAUCUCCCCCACCCUGCUGGAACUCAGUGACGGACUCCCUCCUGCUUGUCCAUGAGCGCUAUGAGCAGAUCUGCGAGUUCUACAGCAGGGCCAAGAAAAUGAACCUCAUCCAAAACCUGAACAAGCAUCUGCUCAGCAACUUGGCAGCCAUUUUAGCACCAGUGAAACAAGCAGUGAUUGAGCUAAGCAAUGAGAACCGGCCCACUUUGCAGCUGGUCCUGCCCACGUAUGUUAAACUGGAGAAGCUAUUCACUUCCAAAGCCAAUGAUGCUGGUGUAGUCAGCAAGCUCUGCCAUCUCUUCCUGGAGGCACUGAAAGAGAACUUCAAAGUUCAUUCUGCACACAAAGUAGCCAUGAUUUUGGACCCUCAGCAGAAGCUGCGGCCUGUCCCACCAUACCAGCAUGAAGAGAUCAUUGGCAAAGUCUGUGAAUUGAUCAACGAAGUGAAAGAGUCCUGGGCAGAAGAAACAGAAUUUGAACCCUCCACCAAGAAACCACGGGCAGCAGGCGAGGCCCCACCAGCUCAGGAAGAAGACCGGUUUGGGAAAAACGAAGUCUAUGAUUAUUUGCAAGAACCCCUCUUCCAGGCCACUCCUGAUCUGUUUCAGUACUGGUCAUGUGUUACCCAAAAGCAUACAAAACUAGCCAAGUUGGCCUUUUGGCUCUUAGCAGUGCCUGCUGUUGGUGCCAGAAGCGAAUGUGUAAAUAUGUGUGAGCAGGCCCUCUUAAUCAAAAGGAGGCGACUGCUCAGUCCAGAAGACAUGAACAAACUCAUGUUUUUGAAGUCCAACAUGCUUUAAAACUAUCUUUUAAUUAAAAAACAAAACAAAACUUUAAAACACUGUUCCAAACAAAGAGAAAAAAUUUAAGUUCUAAACACUGUGGACCUCAUUAUGAAUGCCCCUGGAAACCAAGUGCUUUUUUAUAUAUAUAUAAAUAUAUAUAUAAAAAUAUAAAUAUAUAUAAAAACUAAGUUUGAGAGGAGAGCUGAGCACGUGUGAGAGACAGCCCUCUGCCAGGAACGUGCUCCUUUCCAUAGAUAGCGUGUGGACUUAACAGACUUUCUAAUGUUUUCAAGCGGGCAGACCAAUGGGAGGCUGACGUUCUAAAGUCUUCAGGCAGCUGAGAUCUAAAGUGACUUGAAGUUUCUUUUAUUUCUCCUCUACCCCACCUUUCCUCUUGUCCCCUGGGCCAUCUUGCCAUGGAUAAUCAAACUACGUUGAACAGACCAGUUCUGCACUGGACUUUGCUCCUAUGAAUAACUGUACACCUUGAGGGCAUUCGUUUGCAGCCUUCUUAACAUACGUUGCAUGAUAUCAGGGCACCUGUGUUUUACAAACACAAAGUUGUGUUAGAAGUCAGGAUGGGAAACUUUAAGAAAAUACAUUAUUUUAAUCUUUUCAUACAAGAAGUCCCUUCCCCCCCCCCCCCCCAAGAGUUACUUUUCAGUCGCCACUCCCGUUUUUGAGUUAAACUUCUUAGCUAGUGAUUUUACAUUUGAGUUAGAACUGAGAGAAAGUAAGUAUGGCAAAGAAUGUCUGUGAUUGUUGUUUUAUAGAUAUUUUUUACACAUUAACUUUUUUUUCUGAAGUCCCACUGUAAACUAGCUUAUCUCACCUGUAUGUCCUGCAUAACAGGGGUUCUCAAAUUCAUUUACAGAGUGGCCCAUUCACCACUAAAUAGCAUCCCUGUGGGAACUGCAACGAUUGCUUAUAUGGAAAAGUAACUUUAGGGAAGUAAUGUAUUGUUUAGCUACUUUUAAUACAGUUAAAUGGUGAGAAAAAGGAGAAGCCAGCACCGUUUGACCAGACAGCUCUCCACAGACCACCACCAAGUGAUCCACCAGUGGUCCACCAGCUACCGUUGGAGAAGUUCUGCUAUCUAAAAUUCCUGUAAGCCUUUCCUGUGUGCAGAUUCGAAAUAAUCUUUCACAUGAUCGAGGACAAACCAAGGUGUAUGAUUUUUCAGGGGAACAAAGAUCAUCAGUUUUAUAAAUCUAGCGUUUGAAGGAAGAGAAGCAUUGUGGGUUCAAAGAUCCUUCUGAAUUUUAGAUCAGGCUCCUUUAGCCUGGGAUUAUCAGAGGAGCUGAAGAGAGCUGGACACCCAACUGCCAGUGAAAUUCAAGUUCAGUUCAAUGAGGGAUGACUAUCCAGCUCCCUUACAUUCUUUGGCAAAUCACAGCAUUAAUCAAGACUGCAUUUGCAAUGUAAAAUACACCCGGACCGAAGCAGACAGUUGAGCAACAGUCCUUGAGAACCUGCGUGUAAUAGGCUGUGAUUAUUACUACAACCUACUCCUAGGUGGAAAGGAAGCAGGUAAUAGCAUGUUUUCCUUAACUAAAUGGCUUUCCCAGGAUAAAACUAUGGGCACACAACACACAGACUAAUGUAAUUUACACCAGUGCAGUUUACCUCCAAUGUUUUCUAGGAUAAUUCUGUAUCAGAUUCAAAUAAGUAGCAUUUGAUGUUCUGUGUCCGUGUCCUUGGCAUUCCAUAAGAUGACUCCCAGCUUGGGGGCGCUAACCCAUAAUAGUAGAUUGGAGGAUUUUCUGUUCAAAGAAAUGUUUUCAAAUACUUUUGUUGGAAGAGGCAUCCCUACAGUCAGAUUGGCAUGGACUGUGGAGGUUUUUGCCUUUCUUUGUACUAAGGAGCACAGAGCAUGGUCCUCUUCCUUGGAUGUCUCACAUGUAUUUUAACAAACCAGUUCACAUCCUUGUAGCUGGAGGAUAUUGACAGUGCCCUCAUCCCCCUUCCAUGCAUGUGGCAAGUUACGGUUUAGGGAUGUUUACAGGCACUGUGCCUGGUAGUUAAGUGAGAGGGUUGUUCAUACAGUCUUCUUUGGAAUAUGCUAGGUGAACACCUGUGUAGAAUGGCUUAGAUGGGGAUGAUGCCACACUGAGCAAGGGUUUGGGCUAGAUGACCUUCUGAGGUACCUUUUAACCCUACUUUUGUGUGAUUCUAUGAUACACUAUAACACUCCUUGGGAUGCCACUAAGUUAUCAACAAAUUAGAAGAAAGUCAAAGUAGCCAGAAAAUAUUCAGUGCUAGAUGGGUGAACAUGUACUGAGGAAGGAAUCGGAUCUGUUUAGUUUGAUGGCCAAGGCAGGAAGAAAAGUCCUGUCAUAUUUGAGAGGAGCAAACACCCAAAAGGUGGAGGAAUAGUUAAAGUGGUCUGUAUGGAGCAAUUAGGACUCAAGCAAUGAAAGGGAAUGACAGAGAAUUAAGCUGGACCUCAGGAAGCUUUUCCUACUGAAGAGAGGCCUCUUCAGUUGAGGAACAGUCACUCAAGCUAUCAUUUAAAACCAGACUGAAGGGAACAAUCGAGUGCAUUGUUAAGUACAUUACUGUCCCAGCCCUUGCUAAUGUAUAAGAUAGUCAAAUAGGCUUUCUCUACUGCAAUUAUAAUUUAUGUUAAAGAGGCUUUGGGAUGGGUAGUGUGUGAACUGGCCAGUAGGAAGAGGUGGCAACUGUUCUGGGAGCAACAAAUGGGUACUUCUUAACUCUUAAAAGUAAUAAGCCAAGAGAGAUCAAGAGGAUGCUAUACUGAAUCUGUAGCCACUUCUGUUAUGCAUUGCCUGUAUUACACGGUGGUUUGAGUCCUUGGUGCAUCAGUGGAGCUACAUAAGGGUUCACAGAAGCAUGAAACCUAAUGAGCAUCAGUAGGCAAAAUUUUCAACAGAACUUUGGCUCCUAGGCUUAAUAGGUGCUUUUAAAAAAUGUGUCCUAUAGCAAAAGUACCCUUUUAUACAGUAUGUGGGAUAUGUCUGUACAUCAGGGGAAAUCUUAAGCCCCCAGCAAAAACUUCUUAUUGAUCAAAACAAAAAAAUGCAGAGAUAAAACCAGGCACAGGUCCUAUUUUGCCCCUUGGAACUAUGGGAAUAGCUUGUUUAUGCUAGGCCAGAUAUGGUAAACCAAUGAGAGUGCCCUGAAAUUUAAUUUUAUAUAUUGAAUGUUUUCGGGGUUUCUGUUUAAUUUUUUGUUUUGCUGGUUAGUUGGGUUUUUACUACACCAAUUAGAGUCCUUUGUUUUUAUAACUUGACAGACGAGUUUUGCUUACAUUAGAUGACCGUGUAUCCAAUAGCCUCUGUAGGUUUAAUGAUCUGUAGGCAGCUGAGUUUGAAAUUUUUAGAGUAGCUUCUGAAAUGAGUCACAUAAAUGUCUAGUUUGUGCACAACAUCAACCACUGACUGAAAGCAUUUUUUUUCUUUCCAUUGUUUUAGUGUCACUGACAGCAGAGUCAGCGUAUGUCUUGGUACCCAGAUGAGCAGCGUAGCCUUAACAAUGGGAAGAUUUUACAAUGGAAAUGAUGGGUAGAGGCAUGUCAGACCCUUGCUUUUCACAACCAAAGUUCCUUAAAGAGACUUCCAGCCUCAUGAGCCUUGAGUGCUUGUUUCCAGUCUUCUGGGGAUUCUUGUGGUGGUCUCUGAAAUGUGUGUGGUUAGGGUGUUUAUUUUUUUUUUCCUUGUUGAUGAAGUUAUCCAUGGAUAAAAACCUUUCCGCUUUAGAAAGGAGAUGCACUCUGGAAGGAGCAACAGUCCUAGGGCUGCUGUGUAUUUUCUAGAGUCCGUUUAAAUAUGUUGGGACUUUUAUUUAAUUUUUUAAAAAUAUUUAAAAGGAAAACUGAUAACGGACAAACCGAAUAUUCAUGAUAGGUGAAUAGCCAAGGUCACAAAUGCAGGAGGAAUGCACGUCACCCAGACUGUGAGGAUUCUGGUCUGCGCUGUAGCUAGAAAGUGUGUCAUACUGACAAAACCAUCAGGAAAUCCUCGUUUGCAGCCAGUCUGAAAAGAAGCCGUUCCUCAUUUUGUAUGUUAAUUUCUCAAAACCUCCUGUUGGGAGUUGAAUUCUCUUGUUGUUUCAUCAGGAAAAUGAUUAAUGUUCUCCUUUUCUUCCCCAGUCCCUUUCCUCAGUAACUUGUGUGCAUUUACCUUUCUUUCUGUAGAUGCAGAUGUUCUAGGCAAUACCAUAGAUGCACCUGCGUGUGUCUCUCUACCUGCAAGUGCAAGAAUCUCAUGUCAUCUUAAAAAAAAUACAAAAAAUAUACAAAAAAUUAUACAAAAAAUAUCUUUUUUAGGCCAGAGUUUUCUACAGGUAUUAAUGAAUAUUUUUCUUAAUCCUUAUAAGUUUUAUGUGUUUAAUAUUUCUUAAUACCGGUAGCAUUAAUUUAUACUUUUGUAGCAACACAAUAUUUUUAUAAACCGCCACCGCUGGCUUUGUCUUCAUAAUGGGGAAAUGUGCGGGCAGCUGGCCCUGCACUGUACCAUGUACUGUAUUUAAAAGGUUAUCUAAUGUCACACUUGCUGUGUUAAUAAACAAACAAAACCUGUUUGGAGUCUCAUGUAUUGUUGGUGUGGAUCGAAUGACUCAAUAGAGAGCAAUAUUGCACGGGGUUGAGUUGCUGAUUUUCAUUGAUAUAUAUGAAUGCUUGAGGCCAACUCAAGUUCUUCUGAGUUUUUCUUUUUAGGAUUUUUCCUUUUUUGUUUUUGUUUUUACAGCUCAAUAAAUUCAGUGCUGUUUGAAACUUAGACUGACGUCAAAUGAAAAGGAUUAUAAAAAAAUCGAAGUGUUUAAAUGUUGCUGUUUUUACAAGUCUGUUGCUGUCUGAAUGGAAAUAUUCCAUGUUAGAAAAGGAAUAAUUCCACUUAAGUUCCAAACUAGCUAAGAGCUCCAGGCCAGAGUUCAGUUAUUUGGAGGAGGUAUCUUAGAGACAUGUUUCUGCAACAUUCUUUUCAGAGUUGAUGCCAAGGCAGAAGACAAACUGUAACUGUAAGAAAGCAUCCGUUGCUUGAGGAUUUUCAUGUCAGUGUUGUAUUUAUGGUUUUACAAUAAAACAACCUUUAGGAAAAAAAA